AUGUCAUUUCCCGAGGUGGCCGAGGCCGACGAGCUUAGUGCCAGGUUGCUCGUGAGCUCCAUCACUAGUCGCCCAUUUACGAGGACAAACUCCCGCAACACCAAAGCCGGUGGGUUGGUCAAUAUCAUCAGAAAACCUCACAACGAAGUCAUAAUGGGUCUCGAGCUUCCGUCGUAUAUCCUAGGAGCGCUGACUGCGUCAGGCGGUAUCAUUGGCUAUGCAAGGACGAAGAGUCUGCCGUCAAUAAUCGCCGGGUGCGCCGUUGGCUUGCUGUACGGACUUGGUGGAUAUCGCACGCAGAACCACGAACCCUACGGUGUCGAAUUAAGCCUUCUCGCUUCCAUUAUCCUGGGCGGGUCGUCAAUUCCAAGGGCCAUCCGGCUGCGAAAGCCCGUCCCCGUGGCUCUCAGUAUACUGGCCACCAUCGGGGCGCUGAUAUUUGGCAAUGGACUGUACCAGCACAGUAAUUAG